AUGAACUUUCCUCUCAACGAUUACGGAUUGACCAAUGAAAAUCUAGGUCACUGCGUUCAGUCUCACCGGCGACAGAACCGCUCAACACCUGCUGUCAGAAAACCGAAACGCCAUGGCUUCUGGGGAAAUUGUUGUUUUCCUUUAGCACUGAUCAGUGUUUCAGACAAAACAGGUUUAAUUCCAUUUGCAAAAGAAUUAGUUGCCCUUGGAUUGAGGCUUGCUGCAUCAGGUGGCACUGCGAAAGCUAUCAAGGAUGCUGGGUUACCAGUCAGCUGUGUAUCAGAGAUCACUGGAGCAGCAGAAAUGUUGGGAGGUCGUGUCAAAACUCUCCAUCCUGCUGUUCAUGGAGGUAUUUUGGCACGAAUGACAGAAUCAGACCAGGCAGACAUGAAAAAGGCAGGAUAUACAAUGAUACGUUUGGUAGCAUGUAACUUGUAUCCCUUUGUGAAGACUGUAGCUGACCCGAAUGUCUUGCCCGAGAAUGCUGUGGAACAAAUUGACAUAGGGGGAGUAACUCUGCUGCGAGCAGCUGCCAAGAACCAUGCCCGUGUAACAGUAGUGUGUGAUCCUGCAGAUUACAGCCGCAUUUUGGAAGAAAUGAAGAAGACGGACAACAUAGAUACAACAGUGGCCACAAGACAACAAUUGGCGGUCAAGGCAUUUAAUCAUACAGCUGAGUAUGAUGCAGCCAUAUCUGAUUAUUUCCGCCGUCGGUACAGUGCAGGUGUUUCACAGUUAUCUCUUCGAUAUGGAAUGAACCCACAUCAGAAACCUGCUCAGAUAUCCACCACCCUUCCCAACCUCCCAAUUAAAGUACUGAAUGGCUCCCCAGGAUUCAUCAAUUUAUUAGAUGCUCUCAAUGGUUGGCAGUUGGUACGAGAAAUCAGUCAAGCUUGCAACAAACCAGCUGCAACUUCUUUCAAGCAUGUCAGUCCAGCAGGUGCAGCCAUAGGAGGGCAGGGGAUGAGUGAGGCUGACCGUAAGGUCUGCAUGGUGGACGAUAUGGAGGGGUUAUCUCCCUUGGCUGAGGCAUAUGCAAGGGCAAGAGGAGCAGACCGGAUGUCAUCUUUCGGAGAUUUCAUUUCUCUAUCUGACACAUGUGAUGUUUCCACUGCCAAGAUAAUCUCACGGGAGGUAUCAGAUGGUAUCAUCGCACCAGGCUAUGACAAUGAAGCCUUGGAAAUCCUACAGAAGAAGAAAGGCGGAAACUAUUGUGUUUUACAGAUUGACCCAACUUACGAUCCACCAGCCACUGAAACACGGACAGUGUUUGGACUUCAGAUGCAGCAGAAGCAGAAUGAUGCUGUCAUCAAUGCAGCAAUGAUGACGAAUACAGUUACUACUAGAACAGAGCUGGAGCAAGGUGUAUUAGAGGACCUGAUUGUGGCUAGCAUCACCCUUAAAUACACACAGUCUAACUCUGUCUGCUACGCCAAGGGUGGUCAAGUUAUCGGAAUAGGGGCAGGCCAGCAGUCGCGUAUACACUGUACACGUCUGGCUGGGGACAAGGCUAACAACUGGUGGUUGAGACAGCAUCCAAAAGUCAUGGAGAUGAAGUUCAAGAAAGGAGUGAAGAGGGCAGAGAGAAAUAAUGCAAUAGAUCAGUUUGUGCUUGGUACAGUUGGAUCAGACAUGGAUGUUGAGACAUGGCAGGAGUUGUUUGAAGAUCAACCACCCACAUUGCUCUCUCAGGAGGAAAGAAAGGAAUGGAUAUCACAAUUAAAAGGCGUGUCCCUCAGCUCAGAUGCCUUCUUCCCUUUCCGAGACAACAUCGACCGGGCAGCACAGAGUGGGGUGGAGUACAUUGUGUCACCUGCAGGAUCCACAAAUGAUGGGGGAGUUAUCAAGGCCUGUAACGAACACAAGAUGGUCAUGGUUCAUACGAACAUGCGGCUCUUCCAUCAUUAGAGUGCAAUCCCCACUCCAAGAACCUAAACCGAAGGAGUGGCUCUUUAAUUACUAGUGUAACAACCCUACAUAAAAAUCCUAGGGAGUGAUCUCGGUUGGUGUAGAUACAAGAAAUUCACUUGAAAGAUUUACACAUCAACAACAGCUCUCUAAAAGAGACACUUUGAAUCGGAUAUAAGCAAUA